CCACAUCUGCAGACUCCCUUGACCUGCACCAGCGGCCGUCUGUGCACUCGGAAGCUCAGCGCUAUGGGCUCCUGGACAAAGGGCAAGAGCUGCCUGGCGCCCGGCUUGCUGCAGAACUGUGCAGCUGUCGUCACCGGCGGGGCCACGGGCAUCGGAAAAGCCAUCGCCAAGGAGCUCCUGAACCUGGGGUGUAAUGUGGUCAUUGCCUCCCGUAACUCUGACAGACUAAGAUCUGCUGCCCAGGAGCUGAAAGCUGCUCUGCCUCUCAGCAGCAAGGCUCAGGUCACUCCCAUACAGUGCAACAUCCGGAAGGAGGAGGAGGUGAAUAAUUUGAUGAAAUCUACCUUAGAGCUUUAUGGUAAGAUUGAUUUCUUGGUAAACAAUGGUGGAGGCCAGUUCUUGUCUCCUGUUGAAAACAUCAGCUCAAAGGGAUGGCAUGCUGUGAUUGAAACCAACCUGACAGGCACCUUCUACAUGUGCAAAGCAGCUUACAGUUCCUGGAUGAAAGAGCAUGGAGGAUCUAUUGUUAAUAUCAUUAUCCUUCUUCAUGGACAACCAUUAAUGGCUCACAGUGGAGCUGCAAGAGGAGGCGUUUACAACCUCACCAAGUCCCUGUCUCUGGAGUGGGCCAGCAGUGGAGUGAGAAUCAACUGCGUUGCUCCUGGAACAAUUUAUUCCCAGACUGCUGCAGACAACUAUGGUCAUACAGGAGAAGACAUGUUUGCAGGAUCCUUUCAGAAAAUCCCAGCUAAACGAAUGGGAGUUCCUGAGGAGAUCUCCUCUGUUGUUUGCUUCCUGCUGUCGCCUGCAGCUUCCUUUGUCACUGGACAGUUGGUGAAUGUGGAUGGUGGUCAGUCUCUGUACUCUCAAGGCUACAACAUACCAGAUCAUGACAACUGGCCUGAAGGAGUCAGUGAUCUUUCCACUGUCAAGAGGCUGAAGGAGUCUUUCAAGCAGAAAGCCAAGCUCUAAGCCAAAGAAACAGCCACUAUGUUUUGUUCCACAGUGCCUUAGUGUCUUGAAAAAGCACGUGUGUAUUUUAAAAGAGUUUAUAAUUUUUAUGGGGGAAAAAUAUAAUUUCUGGUUUUGUGAUGUAAUUAAUUAUAUCUAUGGAAAAACAGUUUCUUAAAUAUAUGCAUCUUUGUGUCCCAACCA